AUGGGGGACUCAUCCAAGCUUCAGGCGUACAAAGUGGGCUAUCACGCUUCCGAAUACAAAAAUGCAAGCCUUCCAUACGAGAAAUCUCCCACGGGGGGUCCAGAUCCUGGCAGACAGGCGAAUGAGGCUGGGAAGGGUCGCCAGGUGGACGCAGUUUAUACCGCCUUGCCCAACCCGGACCUGCCAAUCUACAAAAGAUUUAUUGGCCCUACCCGUCAAAUAGUGAACGAUUAUGACAUUCUCCCGAAGCUUGAGCGAGGUCUCGACCAAAUAAGCGACGAACAAAGCGUUGCUGCAACUGACUGGGAUCACCCUGAAGCUGGAGGCGUCGAGUGUCACCAUAUCAUGGACCGCUGGGGAGUAGAUGGAACUGGUAGCAGUUAUCAGUUCUAUUUCAAUUCUGCAGAGCACAAAAACGCGGCUGGCAAUCCAAAAGCCAAUGGAACUGUCGAAUGGGUACACGUCGGUCUUCGAUCUCCAACACCAAGUUUGAUCAAGUCCGCUGUCGAUACAUACGCUCUCCCGAGAUUGGAAGAUGGAAUUGACAGACUUGUUGAUGGGCUUCUGCGACGAAUGUUCAGCAGUGAGGAGAAAACAUUCGCCGCAGGCUACUAUCUACAACCCGGCGUUAUUAGAUAUGAUGGAGAAGUCCCGCUGCAAGACGUACCCGAUAGGCCUUGCACAUUCGUCAAUUUCCCAUAUCUAUGCCUUGAGGACCCUACAAGGUUGGAGGCGCUCUCAGAACAGCCUGACCCUGAAAAGAGGAAGUUUCCAGUACGCUCAUUAUUGCAGUCGCGUUACCGAUUACAAUUGACCUAUCGAAAAGACGGGAAGCAGUCUGUCUCCACCUUGUCCAACGAACAGGUCAACGCAUGCAUACAACCUACUGUUGCCCACCUUCGUUCCAGCAUUUCAGCGGCAAAAUGUACCAAAAUUGUACAUAUCCACCAACUCUGGUGCUUGUCUCUCAGUGGAGAUACCGUAGUUACGUGUGCUCCUAUCGAAGGCGAGACACUUCACGGGCAGGUCAUUUCAGUCAACAAGAUCAACCAGAAUGAGCCCACCGUAAACAUAGUGCUCGAUUAUAAGGGUCGCCUGAAGCGUUAUAGAUAUCAAAGGAGUCAAUGCGACUCCUGGUUUCGCUUGUUGAACAAGCACAGACAGAUAUUGCUCUCUAAGGGGCUCUUCGGAGACGAAGGCGUACCGAAAGAGCAAUUCAACCUAUUCUUUCAAGAUGAAACAACCAAAGAGACGGAAGUCACGGAUUUAAACUGGCUGGAGGUCCUGGAAAAGUCUACUUCGUCAAAUCUGGAAAUCACAAUCAGACCCAAAACACCAGGAAUUGGCUUGGCUGGAGCAACUGCUUUGAGUCAAACGUCUCAAAACCACCAGAUUUCGAAACCUAAUCAGCAGGUCGUGGCUGACCCACUGUUUCCAGCGGUGAACAAGGAGACGAACAAAUCAUCUGAAAUUCGACAUCUCAAUCAAUUCGAGCGCAAGGCCAUCAAUACAGAUCAGGAGGAGACAUCUCAAGUAUGCCUCAAGAGUGGUGCUGACAUUGCUCUUGACUCGCCAUCAAAUCCAAGUCCAGAGGAGUUUGCCAACAGCCUGGACAGCGAUAAACGCCCAAUCAUUCCUUUUUUCCAAUGGCGGUUGCGCAAGACCACAAAGCCAGGUGCCGAGAGCACCAGGGUCGGACGCAGCCGGAUCGUCUUGAAUAGAAUUUCCAGCAACCUGUUUGAAAGAUAUCGAGAACUGUUCUAUGAUGGGGAUGUCGCCGCGAAUGAGCUGGACUCAUCAAUCUUGACAAGGAUGUCGAAAAUGGGAGGAUGGACACUCGAGCAAUUCGUCAAACAAACCAAAGAUGAUGCACUACCCAGUGCUCCAAUCACCUCUCUCAUCGAGGAAACCAGCGCAAUUUUAAACCUAUUUGUGCCAAAUGUUAUCGACCGAAAUACGCAACAAAAUCCACUCUGUCCUCUUCCGCAGGACAGAGCGUUCAAUCCCAUAGAUACACAGAGUUCCCCUCCUGGCAAAUCCAAUCUUAGAGAAAGCUCUUCAAACCCAGGUGGUGGACCAGCCACGGAGAAUCUCGUUGCAGCAAAGGUUCAAGACUCGUCUCGCAAACCAGUCACAGCAACCACAGGAGUGAACACGAAAACCGAGCACAAGACCGUACACCCGGGGAUAGAGAACCACACAACUCUGAAGCUCUUCAGAGAGGCCUUUGGAGAAGUCAUUAUGAUCUUGAAGAUGGCACCGAUUCCUGAAGAGGUUCUCCAAGAAAUCAUCGAAAGACUACGAGUUAUACACAAGGAUGCCUUCUCCUUGCAUCAAGGAGUUCGUUCGCUUUCUGGGAUGCAAGAGCAUGACAACGACCCCGAGUUCGGUGGUCCUGCCAUCUUGCAGAGGGCCAUUACGGAGGCGUUUAUCCGCCUGGUCUACAUGUAUUUUGGACUCCGGCAGUGUCUCUGGACCCGAAACAAAGAUGAGAUAGGCCUGAAGCCCAAGCUAUAUAAGUGGGCGUUGAAUCACGGAAAAAUCUGUGCCGAGAAGCUCCUAGAGGCUAAGAACGACCUCAUUGCAGAAGCUGGCGAGCUUGAGAAAGAACCGCCAUAUGGUCCGAUGGUCACGCCUGAGGCCGUCAUCGUCAUGCUUUUGGAUCGGCUCAGCCAGAACGUUCACGGAGUCGGCACCUUCGAUCUAGGAGACAUAUACGGGAGAGUGAUAGAGAAAUUGGCUGCAGAUGUCGAGUUCAAUCCGACCAGGUCGCUACUGUUUGAGAUCAACAAGACGUCGGAAGAGCUCGACAUUGUCCGCGACGUGUUCAAGCAGCAGGAACGAGUCUUGUUGCUGUACCGCACGUCUCUAGACCCGGCGACUUUCACCAAAGGCAAGGCGGGGAUUGAGCGAGAGACGAAGUUCCCAUGCGAGGACCGAUCCAUUAGCGCCGUCCUCAAGACGGUUCGAGAGAACAUCAGCGACUUUGACGAGCUCAGGAACCGGAUAUCGCAACUGCGGACCCAGAACGUUCAAUUAGUCGAGACCCAGCAGGACGAAAACAACAAGGCGAUCCUGGUCUUCACCGUGGUCACCAUCCUAUUUCUCCCUAUGUCAUUUGUGACAGGGUAUUUCGGAAUGAAUCUACAAGACAUAGCAGACACGAAGUCCGGGACGGGCCAUUUCUGGGCUGUCGCUGUGCCCUUGACGUCGGCCAUUGCCAUUCCGUGUCUGGUGCUGGCAUUCUGGGGCCCGAUUGUGCGAUUCUGGCACCGACUUUUACAAAAGAAGUCAGGGCAGGAGGUGACCUGGGGAUGA